GACUACCUGUUGGUGUUAACUGAAUGGCGGUGACAGAUUCUCAAAAUCCUCUUCUUGGGGAAACCACUUGUGGUACCUUAUUGCAGAAAUUGCAGGAAAUUUGGGAUGAAGUUGGUGAAAGUGAUGAGGAGCGGGACAAGCUGCUUCUACAGAUAGAGCAGGAGUGUCUGGAUGUAUACAAGAGGAAGGUUGAGCAGGCUGCAAAGUCAAGGGCACAACUACUCCAAGCCUUGUCAGAUGCCAAACUUGAGCUUUCAACUCUUGCAUCGGCUCUUGGAGAAAAAAGUUUUGUUGGAAUUCCAGAGAAGACCUCAGGAACAAUCAAGGAACAAUUAGCAGCUAUAACACCAGCUCUUGAGCAGCUAUGGAAACUGAAGGAAGAAAGAGUUAAGGAGUUUUCUGAUGUGCAAUCACAGAUUCAAAAAAUAUGUGGGUAGAUCACUGGGAACUUGAACCUCAGCGAGGCUCCUUCGGUUGAUGAGU